CGGCGGCCGGGGGUCGGUCUCACCCGGCCGGCCUUCUUGGGUCCAGAGCAGAAUGCUCAGCUUCUCGGGUCUCUCGGUGCCCUUAGCUAAUGGACCUAGCCUACUUGACUACUGUUCCAGCCGAAUGUUGUUUAGAAUACAGUUGGUUCGACCCGAGGGGUCAACAGACAUCUUCUGAGGAGUCUUCCCUGUGCCAGGAUCCUGGCGAUGCAGCACAACAGGAAGCAAAGCACAGGGAAGCAGAAAUGAGAAACAGUAUCUUAGCCCAAGUUCUGGAUCAGUCAGCCCGGGCCAGGUUAAGUAACUUAGCACUUGUAAAGCCUGAGAAAACUAAAGCGGUAGAGAAUUACCUUAUACAGAUGGCACGGUAUGGACAACUAAGUGGGAAGGUAUCAGAACAAGGUUUAAUAGAAAUCCUCGAAAAAGUAAGCCAACAAACAGAAAAGAAAACAACAGUUAAAUUCAACAGAAGAAAAGUAAUGGACUCUGAUGAAGAUGACGAUUACUGAAUUUGUCUAGAGACUGGAACUUAACGAAAUAACUCUAGGACAGAUAAUACUUGGCAGACGUUAAGAUCUGUGGUGUGUUUACUUUGUUUAUUGUCUAUAUACCUUUUAAAAAUAAACUUGUUAUGCAAACUAGAA